AUGGCUCCCACACCCGAAUGGCCGGUCGUUGCGCGCGACCCAGAGGCGGCGCCGGCCAACUACACCCCUGCCGACAUUCCUUUUGCAGGCAGGAUGAUAUCAAUGUUCAUGUCGCUGGUCACGCUCUGCGUCCUGUCCGUCUGCAUCGUGCGACGGGUGCAACGCAUCCACAACUGGCUGUCCCUGCCGCUCGCCGCCUGGCUCAUCGUCAUCAUCUACGUCGACUCGUUUCUGUUCGUCUUCGUCACCGCGCUCUUCAAAGACGUCGGGCUCAACAGCAACCAAACCAUAUGCGAAGGGGCCAUCCUGCUCUGUCUCAUCUGUUACAUGUCCACCAAGAUCUUCAUCUACUGCUUCCUGGUCGAGAAGGCCUACAUUGUCCGUGGCAAGCAUGAAGCCCGGCUGAAGGACAAGCUCUACCUGUUCAACUGCUUCUUCAUGAUGCUCCCCUACACCAUCGUCGUCAUCCUCAACUUCGUAUGGCGCAUCGCCUACAUCAACAAAACCGGCACCUGCAUCAUCGGCAUGCAGAAGCGGGCCAUGAUGCCGCUCAUCAUCUUCGACGUGGCCGUCAACGUGUACAUGACGGCGCUCUUCAUCGUGCCGCUGCGCCAGCUCUACUCGUACAAGAACAGGCAGAACACGAUGCUGCACACCAUGGCGUUCCGCACCUUCAUCGGCAGCUGCGCCACGCUGACCUCGAGCGUCGCCAACCUGACGGUGCUGAUGGUGCUGCGAGGCGAGCCCGGCUGGAUCUGCCUGCUGUGCUGCAACGCCGACAUCCUCUUCUCCGUCCUCGUCCUCCACUGGGUCACAUCCGGCGACCGCACCGGACAAACCACCAACCACAGCUACCCCUCCGGCGUCGACAACAACAUCGACGUGGACCCCAACCCCAACCCCCGCAACCCCAACACCACCACCAACCACUCAGUCGGCACGCGCCGCUCCGCAUUCGGCACCGAAACCAUCAUCUCGCGGCACUACCAAGAGGCGGCGGUGGCGGCGGCGGUCGGCAAGGACUGGCCGGACACGAUGAAGGCGGACAUCGAGGCGUCGUGCGUGGGGGUGCGGCGGGGGAGCGGGGAGGGGGCGAUCGCGAUGAAUCGGAUCGUGGUAACGCAUGAGAGGAAGAUGGUGUUUAGUUGCGAGGAGCGGGAGGGGGAGGGCAAGAGGGAUAGUAGGGAUUGUGAUGGGGUGAGCGAGACGAUGACGGCGGGGGGGACGGAUGGGGGCGCGUAUGGGCUGCGGGAGCGGGAGGGGAGUACGGAUGGGAUUGUGGAUCGGAGUGGGGAGGAUCGGUGA